AGCGCGCAUCUCGCAGCUUCCUGCCGAUACCGGUCAGUUUUGAUUUGGACUGGGAGUGGUGUGAUGUGUUGCGGAGGAUAGUGUUGGCUGACGUUCCUCAUCAUGGACAGCGCAUUUCUCGCGGACUUUUGUCGGAUCAUGGACGAGUUUCGUGCCAACGGCCGAGACUCGCCUCUGGAAGAGCCUCCGGACUUGGUGUCAUUAUCUCCACACCGCCAGCCAGCGCGCCCCGAUUGGGAGCUCCGAGGCGUCCUCUGGUCCCGGUACUGGCAGGUGUGCCGCGACUACAGCGCCACCUACAACAGUGGCGCCACCUACCGCCCGGCCGACCGUGUGUGCGGCGAGUCGGCUCACCACGGGGUUCUGCCUGCGAGCGACGGUCGUCCAGCGAUCAACGGUCGCGGCGAGGGGCUCGCCCGAUCAGCUCUCGGCGAGCGGCCCGACCUCCCGCUGCACCGGCCCCCGCGCGGCGGCAGGUCGGCGGCACGCAAACGCUCCAAGCAGCCCAACCACUGUGUGUUCUGCAAGAACAACAACGAGCUGCCGUGCGUCUACCGCAGCCACAUCCUGAAGGACGACCGGGGGCGCAUCAGCUGCCCCAUACUGCGCGUCUACACCUGUCCAACGUGCGGUGCUAACGGCGACAACGCACACACCGUCAAAUACUGCCCGCGGCGGCCGGCAGAGCUGGGCGCUCGCCAGUCCGCGCCGCCGCCGCCGCCGCCCCAGCGUCUCGGACGGGCGAUCACCAAACGGGGCGGACGCUGAAGACCUCAGCGGACACCGGGCAGCACUAUAGGGUCUCAGGGGCCACCAGACGGCGCUACAUGGGUCUCAGCGCGACACCGGACGGCGCUGAAAGGUCUCGGCGCGACGCCGGACGACGUUAAACGCUGUGCCCUUUGCCACGGUGAUUUUUUUAAAUAAUUGAUCAUUAGGUCGCGGGCUCAAGUGCUUGCUCGCUUGUCAGGCUGCAUUGUGCAGAACGUUACGAUGUUACGCGCGUCAUGUUCAUCUUUUUGAUAUUUGAGUCACUCAAUCAUAUCCAGUUUUACGUGUGGCUGUGCCGUUCUUUGUGCCACUUGCCGAAGUGCUGAAUUCUUCGCUGAGAACUGGUGUGCCACAUUGUUUUCUGAAAAGUUGUACAAUAUGUCGUGGUGCCUAUGACUCUGCAGAUCAUUACGAUCUUUUGCGCCUCAUGUUCAUUUUUUUCAUAUUUAACUCGCCCGAUUAUAUCGAGUUUUGUCCAAGAUUUGCAUGUUGCAAGGUGUGACAUUGCAAAUAGAUACAUAAAUAAA